UGUCUGUCUGCAGAAUAAGUGGAGAGGGUGUAUUCUUGCUUCGGGGUUAGUUUACAUUGAGAAGUUGUUAGAAUUUCUCUAAUUCCAUCCCUUUCAAUCACCUCCUGCACCUUGAAAGGACCAACAAUAAACAGAUUCUCCUCUCCUCCUGGAUCCCAAUGAUCCCAUUGUUGGACAGGCCUUCACCUUGUCAUCAUCGACUAAUGGGACAAUGGAAGAAGAGAGCCAGGACUGUGUCAGAGUGUCUGACAGCUCAGCUGAGGCCAUGGAGGAGUUAAGCAUCACAGAAUGUAGAGUAGUGGACCAGAGCCUGUGUACUACUGAUCCUCCCAUGAGGUCUCUUGAAAACUUUGAAGCAGAAAUCUACGAUCAUGAGGGCAAGGGAGCAUACAGGUUCCAGUGCCCCAGUGCAGGUCUGUUCCAGUGCAGUAUAACAGGCCUGGUGUUCAGGAUGGAGGGAGAGGGAGAGGUUCUCUAUAGGACAGUCCACUGGGACAUGAGGCUUCUAUUCCAGGGUGGAAAGAGGCCUGCAGGACCCCUGUUCAACAUCGACUGCCCUCAGAAGUCUGUCUGUCAACUACACCUCCCACACUGUCAGAUUCAUUCUGAAGAGGAUGCUCAGGCCUAUCCUCCUGCAGAAGAGGAUGCUCAGGCCUAUCCUCCUGCAGAAGAGGAUGCUCAGGUCUAUCCUCCUGCAGAAGAGGAUGCUCAGGCCUAUCCUCCUGCAGAAGAGGAUGCUCAGGCCUAUCCUCCUGCAGAAGAGGAUGCUCAGGCCUAUCCUCCUGCAGAAGAGGAUGCUCAGGCCUAUCCUCCUGCAGAAGAGGAUGCUCAGGCCUAUCCUCCUGCAGAAGAGGAUGCUCAGGCCUAUCCUCCUGCAGAAGAGGAUGCUCAGGCCUAUCCUCCUGCAGAAGAGGAUGCUCAGGCCUAUCCUCCUGCAGAAGAGGAUGCUCAGGCCUAUCCUCCUGCAGAAGAGGAUGCUCAGGCCUAACCUCCUGCAGAAGAGGAUGCUCAGGCCUAUCCUCCCGGGGAAGAGUUACGAAAUCAGCCCUUUGAAACAGCUGUUUUCUUAUAAGAGAAAAUGCGUACCUUUAAAAACAAUAUGUUACUUCUCCAUGUAUCUAUGAAACAUCCAGCACAACUAACUACAUGUCAUUUGGGAUUCCACACCUGUAAAUGUAAUUUGCCUGAUGACUCGCUAGUGGAGAAGGAGUCUCAUUUCAUACAAGCGCAUUUGUUUCCACAUUCCCUCUUCAAUUACCUUUGACCUUUUUCAGAAGGAGGUGAGGAGAGGAUGCGAGGAAUUGAGGAAAUCCAAUUGAGUUUCUGUUUCUUUCCUAGAUGGUGGAUGUGACUUCCUGUCUGUAGCCCAUGUGACUGAUGACAACGUGGAGUUUCUCCCCCCCAUGAGACAACAGACACACAUGUCAUAAUAAACAUCACUGGAUCCUCUGCUUAUGGUGAUGUCACAGAUGAUGACACUGAUGAUGAUGCUCCCAUCUCUCCUAUCCAGGGGCUUGUGUUGUUGUUCUACCAACCGUUUCUCUCUGAAGAGCGGUCCAUCCUGAAUGUGUUGUUGCUUCGCAGAAAUGUUGUGAUCAGGGAGGUGCAAGAGGAGAGGAAGAGGAGGAAUGGAGACAAAGAAACCUUCAUUGGAUCAAAUCCUCACUAUAAUCUAACCCAGAAGAAAGCAUACAUCCUCUCCACAGAUAUUACAGAUGGAUAUAGGACAGCAGAAUUUAUGGAUUUCCAGUCCUAUGAAAACUACUUCCCCACAUUUCAGUUGUUCUUGCUGACUGUUGUUGAAGAGUUUGAUCUCAGCACUGAAAAUGAAUGGGAGAGACGUGUCUGGCUUCCAGCUCCUGUCCAGGUCCAUCAUCAUGGGCCUGUGGCACCAGUACCAGCAGCUUCUGCCCAGGUCCAGCAUCAUGGGCCUGUGGCACCAGUACCAGCAGCUUCUGCCCAGGUCCAGCAUCAUGGGCCUGUGGCACCAGUACCAGCAGCUUCUGCCCAGGUCCAGCAUCAUGGGCCUGUGGCACCAGUACCAGCAGCUUCUGCCCAGGUCCAGCAUCAUGGGCCUGUGGCACCAGUACCAGCAGCUUCUGUCCAGGUCCAGCAUCAUGGGCCUGUGGCACCAGUACCAGCAACUCCUGUCCAGGUCCAGCAUCAUGGGCCUGUGGCACCAGUACCAGCAGCUCCUGUCCAGGUCCAGCAUCAUGGGCCUGUGGCACCAGUACCAGCAGCUUCUGUCCAGGUCCAGCAUCAUGGGCCUGUGGCACCAGUACCAGCAACUCCUGUCCAGGUCCAGCAUCAUGGGCCUGUGGCACCAGUACCAGCAGCUCCUGUCCAGGUCCAGCAUCAUGGGCCUGUGGCACCAGUACCAGCAGCUCCUGUCCAGGUCCAGCAUCAUGGGCCUGUGGCACCAGUACCAGCAGCUCCUGUCCAGGUCCAGCAUCAUGGGCCUGUGGCACCAGUACCAGCAGCUCCUGUCCAGGUCCAGCCUCAUGGGCCUGUGGCACCAGUACCAGCAGGCCCCGCCCAGGUCCAACCUCAUGGGCCUGCAGCUCCUACUGCUGUUGUCCGUCCAUCUCUCCGUGAAGAUAAUCAAAUCAGCGGCUUCCAAAUAAACAUUUAAUGAAAAGUAUCUUAAAGGAGCAAUCUGUGAUUUAGUAGAGCUGGGAAUUUCCAGGAACCUCACAAUACAAUACUUAGGUGCCAAUACGAUAUGUAUUGCGAUUCUAUACUGAACAAAAAUGGAAACGCAACAAAAAUGUAAGCGAAACAAGAACCCCCAAAUUUUAUGCACAAAUUUGUUUCCUUCCCAGUUAGUGAGCAUGUCUUGUUUGAUAGGAUAAUCCAGCCACGUGACAGAUGUGGCUUAUCAAGAAGUAGAUUAAACAGCAUGGUCAUUACACAGGUGCACCUUGUGCUGGGGACAAAAGCCCACUCUAAAAUAUGCCGUUUUGAUGCACAACACUACAGAUGUCUCAAUUUUUGUGGGUGGGUACAAUUGGCAUGCUGCCUGCAGGGAUGUCCACCAGAGCUGUUGCCAGAGAAUUUUAUGAUUGUUUCUCAGCCAUAAGCUGACUCCAACAUUGUUUUAGAGAUUUUGGCAGUAUGUUCAACCGGCCUCACAACCUCCUACAAAGUGUAACCAUGCCAGCCCAGGGCCUCCACAUCCGGUCUCAUCAUCUGAGACCAGCCAUCCGGACAGCUGAGGAAACUGAUGAGCAUUUUUGUCUGUAAUCAGUCCUUUUUGUGGAGGAAAAACUCAUUUUGAUUGGCUGGACAUGGCUCCUAAGUGGGUGGGCCUAUGCCCACCCAUGUCUGCGCCCCUGCCCAAUAGUGAAAUCUAUAGAUUAGAGACUAAAUAAUUAAUUUCAGUUGACUGAUUUCCUAAUAUAUCAGAUAUUUUAUACACCAGGGUUGUGCUCAAUUCAGAAUUUGGGAAUUGACUCCCAUUCCACUCAUGAGUUGAAAUUAAAUUUCAAUUGGCCACAACACAGGAUGUAGAAUAUGAAUUUGCGUGACAGGAAGUAUAAUUUAAUUCAGUGUAAUUCAAAGAAAUUUCACUCGGUCACAGAACAUGAGUUUCAUUGAAUCUGACAGGUCACACUUCCAGAUACCAAAGAAUAUAUCACUUUUCUCUGGAAACAAUGUUCAUUAUACUCUAUUAACCUUAGUACUUAGAAUAGACCAUUAUAUUUCCACCAACCAUUUCAUUUGUUUGGCUUAUUCUUGAAGGCUUUAAGGUACAUUUGUGCAUUAGACUAAUGCAUUGUGGGAAAUGUAUUUUCCCCAUAUUGAACAACAUUUAAGUGAUUAAUGAAAUAUAACUACAGGUUUUGUUUUCCUUGUUUUCAUUCAUUUUAAGAGUUUGUCCUGAAAAUCAAUUGUUUCAUCAUAUUUUAUAUGCAUGUAUAUAACAUGUUUGGUAUUUUAUUUACAAGAUGUAUAUUUGUAUAGACUACAACCAUAGAAUCGAAUAGGCAUUUGAAUAUUACUGAAUUCAACUCUAUUUCCUUGAAUUGCAAUUCGGUAUCCUGCUUAUUAAUUAAAGUUCAUGAAUUGAAUUUAUGAGCCAUUCUAAAUUCAAUUCUGAAUUGACCACAAGUCUGUUAUACACUACAGUACAUAUUUCCCUGAGUGAAAUGACUCCCUGACAUUCAGGCUGAUUAAAGCUGGAAUCCUUAAUGGUUAAACAGCCACGUCCAUUUGCAAUAUUACAAACAAGCUGUAAACAACAACACUGUUUUCCCCUUGAACAUCCUUUUAUGCACAAUAGAGGAGCACAAUAUUCACUUUAACUAUUUUUACCACGCUACGCGACGCUCCUAUGCUACGCGACGCUCCUAUGCUACUCGACGCUCCUAUGCUACGCGACGCUCUGUUGCUAGGCAACAAAAACAACUGGUGGGGCGGACAGUGGGGCUGCUUCCCCCUACUGCUGAUACACAGUAUUUGUAAUCUCAAUUGAAUUGAGGGAGAUGAAAUAGAUUCAUGCAAUUACAAAACACUAUACCAGAUAUUUAAACACUACACAAUAUGACAUCUUUCCCUGAGAGUGAAAUGAGUCCCUGAGAUUCAGCCUGAUUAAGUCUGUAAUGGCAGAGAAGUCAAACAUAAAGGACACAGUCCUUAUCUCAAGAGUUGCUCCUAUUUCUCCUGAUCAAUCACAAAACGAGACUAGUCCCUAUUGUUGGAAAAUGUCAUUCAUUUUAAAAGAUGCUCUUAAAAAUACCAUUAUAUAAACAUAUACUCUAUAUCUAAACAGAGAUAUAUCUGGUGUUCAGCCAGUACAGCUGUCCAGUACAAGUCAGUAGAUGUUAAGUCUCACAUGUUGUUGUCUGAGACCUGUCCAAGAUGAUUCAACAUUCGCCAGAUAGAAAUUCAAAAAUCUUGUUGUUUAUAGCCAGUGUACCAGAGUAACACAGGUAGGUUGUCUGGUAGACAGUAGCCCUGAUCUUGUAGUCUGUAGCCAGUGUACCAGAGUAACACAGGUAGGUUGUCUGGUAGACAGUAGCCCUGAUCUUGUAGUCUGUAGCCAGUGUACCAGAGUAACACAGGUAGGUUGUCUGGUAGACAGUAGCCCUGAUCUUGUAGUCUGUAGCCAGUGUACCAGAGUAACACAGGUAGGUUGUCUGGUAGACAGUAGCCCUGAUCUUGUAGUCUGCAGCCAGUGUACCAGAGUAACACAGGUAGGUUGUCUGGUAGACAGUAGCCCUGAUCUUGUAGUCUAUAGCCAGUGUACCAGAGUAACACAGGUAGGUUGUCUGGUAGACAGUAGCCCUGAUCUUGUAGUCUGUAGCCAGUGUACCAGAGUAACACAGGUAGGUUGUCUGGUAGACAGUGGCCCUGAUCUUAUAGUCUGUUGCCAGUGUACCAGAGUAACACAGGUAGGUUGUCUGGUAGACAGUAGCCCUGAUCUUGUAGUCUGUAGCCAGUGUAUCAGAGUAACACAGGUAGGUUGUCUGGUAGACAGUAGCCCUGAUCUUGUAGUCUGUAGCCAGUGUACCAGAGUAACACAGGUAGGUUGUCUGGUAGACAGUAGCCCUGAUCUUGUAGUCUGCAGCCAGUGUACCAGAGUAACACAGGUAGGUUGUCUGGUAGACAGUAGCCCUGAUCUUGUAGUCUAUAGCCAGUGUACCAGAGUAACACAGGUAGGUUGUCUGGUAGACAGUAGCCCUGAUCUUGUAGUCUGUAGCCAGUGUACCAGAGUAACACAGGUAGGUUGUCUGGUAGACAGUAGCCCUGAUCUUAUAGUCUGUUGCCAGUGUACCAGAGUAACACAGGUAGGUUGUCUGGUAGACAGUAGCCCUGAUCUUAUAGUCUGUUGCCAGUGUACCAGAGUAACACAGGUAGGUUGUCUGGUAGACAGUAGCCCUGAUCUUGUAGUCUAUAGCCAGUGUACCAGAGUAACACAGGUAGGUUGUCUGGUAGACAGUAGCCCUGAUCUUGUAGUCUGUAGCCAGUGUACCAGAGUAACACAGGUAGGUUGUCUGGUAGACAGUAGCCCUGAUCUUGUAGUCUGUAGCCAGUGUACUAGAGUAACACAGGUAGGUUGUCUGGUAGACAGUAGCCCUGAUCUUGUAGUCUGCAGCCAGUGUACCAGAGUAACACAGGUAGGUUGUCUGGUAGACAGUAGCCCUGAUCUUGUAGUCUGUAGCCAGUGUACCAGAGUAACACAGGUAGGUUGUCUGGUAGACAGUAGCCCUGAUCUUGUAGUCUGUAGCCAGUGUACCAGAGUAACACAGGUAGGUUGUCUGGUAGACAGUAGCCCUGAUCUUGUAGUCUGUAGCCAGUGUACCAGAGUAACACAGGUAGGUUGUCUGGUAGACAGUAGCCCUGAUCUUGUAGUCUGUAGCCAGUGUACCAGAGUAACACAGGUAGGUUGUCUGGUAGACAGUAGCCAUGAUCUUGUAGUCUGUAGCCAGUGUACCAGAGUAACACAGGUAGGUUGUCUGGUAGACAGUAGCCCUGAUCUUGUAGUCUGUAGCCAGUGUACCAGAGUAACACAGGUGGGUUGUCUGGUAGACAGUAGCCUCACAGGGAUGUCACCUUGCCUGAGACCUGGGGCUUGUAUAGCAAACUACAGACUGAUAUGGUGUCCAAUCACAUUACACACCAACCACCUCUGAUCAGGAUGGCUCCUCCUCAAAGUGUUGCUCUCUGUCUCUGAUAAAUGUUUUGAUAUUUUAUGAGGUUGUGAGGUGGUAUCCAUGGCUACCUCUCAGUCUGUCUGUCUCUCUCAGGUCAUUUAUUAGUAGUAUAGUGAUACAUCUCCUGAUGUUGUACUGCUCUCUGUCUCUCUGUAGAACUCCUCCUGGGCUUCAUCCCCUUUCCUCACCACCAUGUCCAGCAGGGCUUGGUUCUGUAGGGCCUUGGUGGAUUUACUGACCACCUCCUCCCUCUCCUCGUCAAUCAGAACGCCACGAUUCUGGAGAUGCUGGAAUAAGUGCUGUAAGGGCUAUUUAAGUUCUGAAUGUCUGUUACCUGGCAGCCAGACAAGUCUGUUCCAUACAAGUUCAUCACCUUCCUUUUCUUUCAGAAGCAGAUCAACUUCUUUAACUAUAGUUUGUAAGAACAACUGAAAUGUGGGGUAGUAGUAGUUUUCAUAGGAAUCACAUUUCACAAACUCUGCUUUCUGAAAGAAAAAGACAUUACUAGUCAGUGAAAUGAUAAGUGAGAAUGAAAUGAAAAAUGGCAGUAAUAAAAAAAUAUUUUAUUGAAAUAUA